GUUAGAGAUCCAACAACAGGCCUUAAGAAAUGUGGCUCUUAUACCUCCUGCUGCUGGUCCUGUUCUACGGGGUUGGAGGUGCCAUCCCCACCCCUCAGAAGCUCUACGGGGAGGUGACGUCCCCUCUGUUCCCCAAGCCUUACCCUAACAAUUUUGAGAGGACCACUGUGAUCACGGUACCCACAGGGUACAGGGUGAAGCUUGUCUUCUGGCAGUUUGACCUGGAGCCUUCGGAAGGUUGUUUCUAUGACUAUGUCAAGAUCUCUGCUGAUAAGAAGACCCUAGGGAUGUUCUGUAGGCAGCUGGGCUCUCCCCUGGACAACCCCCCCGGAAGGAUGGAAUUCAUGUCCCAAGGAAACAAGAUACUGCUGACCUUCCACACAGACUUCUCCAAUGAGGAGAACGGCACCGACAUAUUCGACAAGGGCUUCCAGGCCCACCACCAAGCCGUGGUCAAGGACUGCGGGCAGCCCCGAAGCCUGCCCAACGGGGCCUUCAAUCACACCACCAGAGAGGGGGUGAACACCUACGAGGCCCGUAUCCAGUACUGCUGCCACGAGCCCUUCUACAAGAUGCACACCAAAGACGGCACAAGCGAGUCUAAGCGAGGGCUGUACACCUGCACGGCUCAGAGCAUUUGGAAGAACGAGCUGGCAAGAGAGAAGAUGCCUCGGUGUUCGCCAGUGUGCAGGAAGCCAGUCCACCCGGUCGAGCAGAGGCAGCACAUCAUUGGAGGCCAGAAGGCCAAGCUGGGCAACUUCCCCUGGCAGGCCUACACCAACAUCCAUGGGCCCAGGGACUGCGCACUGGGGGACUGCUGGAUCCUCAAGGCCGCACACAGCAUCAAUCUCAAGGACCUCCAGGGGCAGGGCAACGUCAGCGUGGAUGUAUUCCUGGGCCACAACAUGGAAGAGAUCAUCAAGCUGUCCAACUACCCGGUCCGUAGGGUCAUAAUCCACCCGGACUACCGCCAGAAAGAGUCCCACAGUUUUGAGAGGGACAUCACCCUCCUGGAGCUGGAAAAUAGCAUCACCCUGGGCCCCAAUCUCCUUCCCAUCUGCCUCCCAGACAAUGAGACCCUCUAUGACCUGGGUCUCAUGGGCUAUGUUAGUGGCUUUGGGAUCAUGGAGGAGAGAAUUUCUCACGACCUCAGGUUUGUCCGUCUGCCGGCAGCUAGGCAAGAGACUUGCAAGCACUGGCUCCGGCAAAAAAACAGGAAUGAUAUGUUUUCUGAAAACAUGUUCUGUGCUGGGAGCCCAACCUUAAAGCAUGACGUCUGCCAUGGGGAUGCCGGAGGGGUCUCUGCAGUGAGGGAUAAGAAAAAUGACCGCUGGGUGGCCACGGGCAUCGUGUCCUGGGGCAUCGGGUGUGGUGAAGGGUAUGGGUUCUACACCAAUCUCCUCAACUACGUGGACUGGAUCAAGAAAGAGACGGAAGUGGAAAACUGAGCUCAGGAUUGCCUAGGUCAGAAUCCAGAGAGCAGUGACCAGUUGUUGAUAACUGCUAAGAAUCCGUAUUAAAAUCACUACCGCAGAAAGAUACCAUGCGAAAGAUACCAUUUCUCUUCUCUAUAAUCCCACCCACGUUCUUCACCUGAAACAACUUAAAGGGCACCUUUAUUUCACCCAAGGAUUACAGAAGAUACCAUAAUCUCUAGUUAUCACUGUCCUCUUCCUUGUUUAUACCACCGGGUAACUGAAUAUAGAACACCUUCCAAAUAAAGUUU